GGGGGGGGGGGCGACUACCGGCGCUGGUCUCUCGGUCUUGGCUGGCUGGUUGGUCGGUGAUGUUGCCUUCCUCUUGCCAACGGCGGCUGAUCGGGCCUGUGGCGUGGCGACUGGCUGUACCGGCGAUACCGGCCAGUUCUGCCUGGGCCACGUGACGGUCGGCGAUGGAGGGUCGUCUUGGGGUGUCUCUAAUAUUUUGAGGAUCUUUUUUGAUACCGACAAGGACCAGUCUAAUGAUACUUAACAAAUGCGUAACACAAAAUACUUUACAGUGCACGAUCAUGGAAGUGGUAUCGAGAUUAGUUUGCGUGUCUCUUCCUAAUUAUUUGAAAGGUCUUCCUAUUCCAUCCUCACUUUUAGGAUUUGCAAAACUUUCAGCUCAUGAGUGGCUUUCUCUCGUUCCAUUUGUUGGCACUGUUAGUGUGAUCAUAUAUGUGACUAUUCAGGCGUUUCGUCCUAAGCCUGAGAAGGCAGACUACCCUGUGAAUAGGAAGAUACAGAAGGAGAACCCGAAGGUUGUGAAUGUAGUCGAUAUAGAGGAGUUGGGAGACAAGGUCAGCUACUGCCGGUGCUGGAGGUCAAAGAAGUUUCCUCUAUGUGAUGGUAGCCAUACAAAGCACAACGAAGUCACUGGUGACAAUGUCGGACCUGUUGUUUUGAAGCGGAAGGAGUCCUCUAAAUAAUCUCAACACUGAACUAGAUUAUUAACAAACUAACUUUAGAAUGCCACAUUAAACAUAACUAAUGUUACAAGCUUCAUGCUAGUAGAUGAAGUGGGCAGAGGUUUAAUCUUGCCACCCAGGUAUUGUUGAGUUAUAAUAUACAUGUGUAUUACUGUAUAGUGGACUUGGUUGGUCAUUCUUUUGCAUUAUCCAGCACAAUUUUUUAAUUUCUUUAUUUGACCAUUAUGUAUUAAGAUUUGUUUACUCUGGAUGCUGGUUACCCCUUUUUCUGAUGUCACUUUAGACUUUUUGAUGACUAAUAUUAAACUGAAGUUAAAGAUGCCCUGUGGUAUAUACAUUCAUACAUACAAAGGUCCAUAACUGAGUAAAAAAUAUGUAUAUUGUGGCCUGUUUGGUAAGUGCUGUAUGAAUCUUGUUUAAAUAGUUCACAUACUGCCUGUUAUUUAUAAAAAAAACUGGUAUUGUUGGUGCAUACUUGUGUAAAUGUAUGGUUAUAUUGGCAGUUGCAUGGCAUGUUGUAUUUAUUUGAAGCAGAACCAUUUUCAAAAUCUUACUGUCAUGGCUGCUUAAUUAAAGCCUUAUUGGCAGCCCGAUAGGGAGUGAGUUAGUUUUCUUUCAAAAAUGGAUUAUUCCAAAAACAAAGAGGUUGAAAGCUGACACGUGUUCUGUUUCAUAAUGCAUUUACUAAAUUUAUAGUAUCCGUCUUGGGGUAGUAGGCCUAGAGGGGAUUGUGAUGUGUACUCAUUCAUUCUGCAACAUGUUCAAGUUUUGUUCACAAAAUGAAAAUUAAAAUUGAAUUUGGCAAAUCUAUUUCAUAAUGAAUUCGUCAAAAAGCUAAUUUGAAAUUCAUGGCUAAUAGAAACUUGAAUUUGGCUAAAGGUUUUCUGACCAUUUGCAAAAUUGUUAAGUAUUUUGGUCCUCUGAUAUUCAGAAAAUCUAUUAAAGUAAAAACUGACCACCUAAAAUCUAAGAGGUCGAUUUUUACUUGAAAUGGGAAUCAUGGUUAAAAUCUUAGGGGCAUGUAUAAAUUUUAAAUAAUUUGAAAUAUUCCUUUGUGCUUGCAGAAUACUGGAGAAUGCGUUUUAACAUUCUGGGAAAUGGUUGGAAUGCUUUGAAUCAUAAUUCAAUAUAUUUUGCCCUCUACCCCACAGAAUUGAGUACCCAUUUCAAAAGCCUAGUUAUGCCCCUGUGACCUGUUGCAAAUUUCAAAAUGUAGGUAUAAAAUGUUUACAAAUUAUUACUUCAGGCAAUAAAGUAAGUAUGAGUGUUAUAAAGUACUCUAAUUGCAACUAUUGGUGACAAAAAUGGAUCCUGUGUUUUUAAAAAUCAUUGACUAUAAUUAAAACAGUUAUAUUGUGUAUUUUUACAAUUGGACAUUGCUAGUGCUAUAUGUCUUAUAUAACUCGCAAUGUAAUAUGAACACCAACAGAAGACAGGUUUAAUAUUAAUUCUAAUUUUAACUAAUUGAAGGGCAUUGAAAAACAAUUUUACUUUCCAAAGUGUUAAUCCUAUUGGAAAAUUGAGUGCCAGGACUUAGCGAACAUGAAGAUAUCUGAAAUAAAGAACGUGUAUCAACGUU